AUGAAUGUUAUUCACUGGAGCAGUGACAAUGUGAUCGCUGUUGCACUCACCUACGCUUUGUAUCUGUGGAAUGCAUCGACCGGUGAAAUUACUUUUUAUAAGACAAAAGUAUGUAUGUAUGUGUAUAUGUGUGUGUAUGUGUGCAUGUAUGUGUGUAUUUAUGUAUGUAUGUAUGUAUAUGUGUAUGUAUGUAUAUAUGUGUGUAUAUAUAUAUAUGUGUAG